CCGAGCUUUGUCGCAGAAGUCCGAGCAGCGCUCCGCUGGCCCUUGCUCGCCUCGCGCCUCUCGCUCCCCUCGCGCCUCCGGCGCCGCCGCGCGCUCCAGAUCAGUUGAACUUGGAAAACUGCUAAAGACAGAAGAUUCAAAGAGAAAUCAAAAUGCCAAAGCCAAUCAAUGUAAGAGUAACUACUAUGGAUGCAGAGCUGGAAUUUGCUAUCCAGCCCAAUACAACUGGCAAACAACUAUUUGACCAGGUGGUGAAAACAGUUGGCCUGCGUGAAGUCUGGUUUUUUGGGCUACAAUAUGUCGAUAGUAAAGGCUAUUCAACAUGGCUAAAACUAAAUAAAAAGGUAACACAGCAAGAUGUAAGAAAAGAGAAUCCUCUGCAGUUCAAAUUUCGAGCUAAAUUCUUUCCUGAAGAUGUGUCUGAAGAACUAAUUCAAGAAAUAACACAGAGACUUUUCUUCCUACAAGUUAAAGAAGCAAUCUUAAAUGAUGAAAUAUAUUGCCCUCCUGAAACUGCUGUUCUUUUGGCUUCCUAUGCUGUCCAAUCUAAAUAUGGAGAUCAUAAUAAGGAAAUUCAUAAACCAGGCUACCUGGCUAAUGAUAGACUCUUACCUCAACGAGUGUUGGAACAGCACAAACUGACAAAAGAACAGUGGGAAGAAAGAAUACAAAACUGGCAUGAAGAACACAGAGGGAUGUUAAGGGAAGAUUCAAUGAUGGAAUAUCUGAAGAUUGCACAAGAUCUGGAAAUGUAUGGUGUCAACUAUUUUGAAAUAAAGAAUAAAAAAGGAACCGAAUUAUGGCUAGGUGUUGAUGCUUUGGGUCUGAACAUUUAUGAGCAUGAUGACAAGUUGACUCCUAAAAUUGGUUUUCCUUGGAGUGAAAUCAGAAAUAUUUCAUUUAAUGACAAAAAAUUUGUCAUAAAGCCAAUUGACAAAAAGGCACCUGAUUUUGUUUUUUAUGCACCUCGCCUGAGAAUCAAUAAACGAAUUUUGGCUUUGUGCAUGGGAAACCAUGAGCUCUACAUGAGAAGAAGAAAGCCUGAUACAAUUGAAGUACAACAGAUGAAGGCUCAGGCUAGAGAGGAGAAACAUCAGAAGCAACUGGAAAGGGCACAACUAGAAAAUGAAAAAAAGAAAAGGGAAAUAGCAGAAAAAGAAAAGGAGAGAAUAGAGCGAGAAAAGGAAGAACUGAUGGAACGUCUAAGACAGAUUGAAGAGCAGACAAUGAAAGCUCAGAAAGAACUAGAAGAACAGACUAGAAGAGCCCUUGAAUUGGACCAGGAACGAAAGCGAGCAAAAGAGGAAGCAGAACGGCUAGAGAAGGAACGUCGAGCUGCAGAGGAAGCCAAGGCUGCUCUAGCCAAGCAGGCAGCUGACCAGAUGAAAAAUCAAGAGCAGCUAGCAGCAGAACUUGCUGAAUUCACUGCCAAGAUAGCACUUCUAGAAGAAGCCAAGAAGAAAAAAGAAGAGGAAGCCUCAGAAUGGCAACACAAAGCUUUUGCAGCCCAAGAAGACUUGGAGAAGACCAAAGAAGAACUGAAAACUGUAAUGUCUGCCCCUCCUCCCCCUCCUCCCCCACCAGUCAUUCCUCCAACAGAGAAUGAACAUGAUGAGCAUGAUGAGAAUAAUUCUGAAGCUAGUGCUGAACUGUCUAGUGAUGGUGUUACGAACCAUAGAAGUGAGGAAGAGCGUGUUACAGAAACACAGAAAAAUGAACGUGUGAAGAAGCAGUUACAGGCAUUAAGUUCAGAAUUAGCCCAAGCCAGAGAUGAAACAAAGAAAACACAAAAUGAUGUACUUCAUGCUGAAAAUGUUAAAGCAGGCCGUGAUAAGUACAAGACUCUACGGCAGAUUCGACAAGGCAAUACAAAACAGCGUAUUGAUGAAUUUGAAGCAAUCUUUUCAUAUGCAGGAUAAAAUUAAAGAAUUUUUAAAAGACCAACAGGUCACUGGAAUCUGAUCUCUGGCGAGCCUUAGGAUAGACACUUUCUAAUGAUCAAAUAUUUUGAAUAUAUGGUUUCCGUAAGCGGAACCAGUUACUGCUAAAGCAUUGUGGAAGAGUCGAGGCUUUCAACCGAGGUUCUCACUGAUGCUCUCUCUGCACUUUCUUGACUGCUGAUUUUUCCUUUCUUGGUCUACCCUGCUUCCUUUUGGUCAUCUUUGAUUGUGUUGUCCUGGAUAAACUUUAGGAAGGUGAGCUGUGACUUCUGAACCCUGCAUGGCAUCCUGCAGACUCAAUUUUUAGCAUUCCUUAGUUGAUAAGUGACUGCCUCCCUUUUUCAAGCAUGAGGUCAGUUAACUAUUGUCAAUCCUCCAAGUUCUGCAUGAACAACUUGUGGGAAGAAAAUAUAAUAAGAUUUCCAAAGAUCUUUCAGGUUUUGAAGAAAAUGUACAUAGUUUGUAUUUAGUUCUGAAUCAGAAGGAGUCAAUUGUGUAUGGCUCUGUAUGUACAUCUGUGCUCUCCUUAACAUUCUCUUUUCUGCAGGCUGUUUGUAUAUGUGUAAAUAAAUAAGACAAUAAAUAUAUUCUGACAUUA